AUGGCCGCCCUCGCUGCCAGUGGAACCGCCUUCGUCAUCGAUACCUUCGGUGAUCGCAACUGCGGCGGCAAUAGUUUCCAGCAAACUGUCAACAUCUGGGACGACACCUGUGCAGCCUGGCCACAAGGCUUUGGAUCCUUCAGGAUCACGACCUGGGGAGGAAACCACCAAUUCGCAUACUUCUUCGCGCCCGACAGCUGCGGCAACCCUUCCGGAGCCAUCGGAUCGGGCUACGUAGACUCCACGACGUUCGAUUACGCCCAGGGAAGAGAGAUGUACACGAUAUAUGGAAAGUGA